GAAGAAGAGAGAGAGAAAAGAGAUGAAAGAGUUGUAAGUAAAUAUGAUUAAAAUAUUACACGUUAGUUCAAUAAUCUCUCUUGACAUAUUACUCGUAGUUUUUUUAUGGGCGCGACUUCUCUCUCUCUUGGUGGGUCUUUCCCUCGUGUCCUCCUAGAUCUCGAACAGAUUAGGCAAAUGUAUCGUACUCUGGAUCAGCUGAUGCACUUGACCAUAAUUGAUGAUUUGGAGAUCCCAUUGCAGCUUGGUCGCAUCGCGAAAUCAGCUUGAGGUAUAUCACUUGUGUGCUUGGAAGGAUCCUGUAACUUUUCAAUUGAUAAAUUCACUGUCAGGUUCAAACUAGAAAGUGAACAAUUUUGAUUAGUUGAAACUGUCAUGCUUUAAUUCCACAUGAAGACAGCUAAAGGAUGGCGACAAAACAUGAAAGAUGUGCAGUUCUUGCCUACAUCUCGUCACCGUGGUCCCUUAAAGAGGCCAACAUGGAUAAUUGUUCUGAUAUCAUUGGUUUGCAUGUUCUUAGUCUUUGCUUACAUUUAUCCACCCCACAAUCCCGCUGCUUGCUAUUUGUUUUCUUCUACUGGCUGCAAGGGAUUUUCAAAUUGGCUUCCACUUGGUCCUGCAAGAGAAUUCAGUGAUGAUGAGAUAGCUUCUCGUGUGGUAAUAAAAGAUAUAUUAAGUACACCAAUAGUUAGGUCUAUGAACCCCAAGAUUGCUUUCCUCUUUUUGACUCCUGGUGCAUUGCCCUUUGAAAAGCUAUGGGACAAAUUCUUUCAGGGGCAUGAAGGCAGAUUCUCUGUCUUUGUGCAUGCAUCUAAUGCUAAGCCAGUUCAUUCUAGCCGUUAUUUUGCCAACAGAGAGAUCCGCAGUGAUGAGGUAGUAUGGGGAAGGAUCUCAAUGGUUGAUGCAGAAAGACGCCUUCUUGCAAAUGGUCUCAAAGAUCCUGACAACCAACAUUUUGUUUUGCUUUCUGAUAGUUGUGUACCAAUACGUGAUUUCGAUUUUGUUUACAGCUAUCUGAUGUACACGAAAGUCAGUUUUAUUGACUGCUUUGAGGAUCCUGGCGUGCAUGGAAGUGGCAGAUAUUCAGAGCAUAUGUUGCCUGAAGUUGAUAAAAGAGAUUUUCGGAAGGGUGCACAGUGGUUCACAAUGAAGCGGCAGCAUGCAGUUAUUAUAAUGGCUGACAGUUUAUAUUAUUCAAAAUUUCGGGAUUACUGCAAGCCGGGGAUGGUAGAUGGUCGCAACUGCUAUUCUGAUGAACAUUACCUGCCAACCUUUUUUAAUAUGCUUGAUCCAGAUGGCAUAGCUAAUCGGUCAGUAACAAACGUAGAUUGGUCAGAAGGGAAAUGGCAUCCAAAAUCAUAUAGGGCACAAGAUGUUACUCACGAGCUUCUGAAAAAUAUGACUUCAAUUGACAUGAGUGAGCAUGUAACUAGUGAAGAAAAGAAGCAACACCUGAAUUCACCUUGCAUUUGGAACGGAAUUCAGCGGCCAUGUUACCUAUUUGCGAGGAAAUUUUUACCCGAAACAUUGGACAACUUGAUGAUUCUUUUCUCAAAUUACACAUACACAAUUUGAGGAUAGCAAUAUCUUUGAUUUUUAAUUCUUUGUUCAUUCGAUCGAUAGAUCAAUCUGAUUCGAUCACGUUGCUUGUGUAGUAGCUUAAGGUGUAGCGGAAGUGAAAACGAAUGAAGGCCCCCCCCACCCAAGAAUCUGCUAACAUUAUUUAGAUGUAAGUGAUGUCUAUUGGUGAGUUGAGAUUCAACCAUGAAUUCCUUGCUUAAACAUUGCUUUUUCUUUUCAUUUUCCUUAGGUUGGUUUUUUCAGUUUAUAUUUAUUUGACUUCUUCUGGCUAGUUUUGGCCUAUUUAUGUUUUUUUAGAUUUUUAUUUUUAUUUUUGCUGGUUAUAAUUGCAAAUGCAGUUGAUAUUAUUCAUUUAUACAAUUGUUUUUUCCUUACCAAGUUUAAUGGACAAACUGGCCACGAAAUAAUGGAAGUGUAGAAAAGGUGAUGGUUAGAAACAGUUUUAAUUGAAUCGUUAUGCUCCAAUUUACUGCAUGAAAAUUUUGUGUAUAUAUAUAUAUUCAACAAUUGACUGAGGAAGUCUUA